AACACUUUAAAUAAAUAAUUGAGGAAAAUAGUUAUGCAAUUAUAAAAUAAUCUCAUUAUUCUGAUUUGUGAGUAGAUAAUAAUUUUCGCGCGAAAGCAUCCAAAAAAGAAAAAAGAGAAAGCGAAGUGAGAAGAGGCUUGAUUUUGAAGGUGAAGAUUGUGAUUGUAGUUGUAGUAGUACUGGAGAGAGAUAAAUGUGUUGUGAAGUAACUGAAUCUGAGUGAUUAGAUUAAUUAUGGAUCCUUGCCCCUUCGUUCGCCUUACAAUCGAAUCCCUCUCUCUCAAGUUACUUCACUCUCCAACUAAACCACUUCCACUUUCCGGCGUUCACCCCUCCACAACACCAUGCUUCUGCAAAAUUCGCAUUCAAUCUUUCCCUUCCCGAAUUGCCCUUCUUCCACUCUCCUCCUCUUCUUCACUCUCCUCCCAGUCCCAGUCCCAAUCAACAACAUUCCACCUCGACUCCACCGCACUCCUUCGUCUCUCCGCCAAACCCCUCACUCUCUCCAUAUCCGUUUAUAACGGCCCAAUGGGCCGCAAUUGUGGUGUCCCUACUGCUAACUUAUUGGGCCGUGUCGUCCUCCCUAUUCAAUUACCCACUUCUCUUUCUUCCUCUAAUACUUUUCAUAAUGGCUGGUUCAAACUCUGCGGGAACCGUGAACCGGAUCCUAAACCAUCGCAUAUGCUUCACCUUUUGGUCCGGUCUGAACCGGAUCCAAGAUUUGUAUUUCACUUUGGUGGCGAACCGGAGUGCAGUCCGGUCAUUUUCCAGAUUCAGGAGAAUAUCAAACAACCCGUUUUUAGCUGCAAAUUCACUGCCGAUCGCAAUUACAGAUCCCAGUCUCUUCCGUCAGAUUUUAGAAACAAUAAUAAUUCAAGUAGAUGGAGAAAAUCGUUGAGAGGUGAUAGAGAACAAAGUGUACAAGGGAAUGAGAGAAAGGGUUGGAUGAUAGUAAUUCACGAUCUGUCAGGCUCACCCGUUGCCGCAGCCUCCAUGAUCACACCAUUUGUUCCAUCCCCUGGCUCCAACCGCGUGUCACGAUCAAACGCAGGCGCAUGGCUUAUUCUCCGCCCAAACGGAGCCUCCACCGUGAGUAGCUGGAAGCCAUGGGGUCGUCUCGAGGCAUGGCGAGAAAGAGGUUCUAUAGAUGGCUUGGGCUACAAGGUAGAGCUUUUCUCUGACAAUGGACCUGUGAAUGCAAUAACAAUUGCUGAAGGAACAAUGAGUGUGAAAAAGGGCGGUAAGUUCUGCAUUGAUUCUGCAAUAUUGGGUUCAAAGUGGUUGCCUGGUGAAGGUUUUGUGAUGGGUUCAACAGUGAGUGGUGAAGGAAAAGUGAGUAAACCUGUUGUACAAGUCGGUGCAAGGCACGUGACUUGCAUGCCUGAUGCUGCUCUCUUCAUUGCUCUCUCUGCUGCUAUUGAUCUUAGCAUGGAUGCAUGCAUGCUUUUCUCACAUAAACUUCGAAAAGAACUUUGCCCUGAUCAUCAACAAUAUUCCUUUUCAUAACUACUUCCAUCUUAUAAAUUUUAUUCAUGUUCAAUUCUUGCAGGUUAUUCUUAACCCCUGAUUUUGUAUAAGUACAUAUUUUUGAACAUAUUUUUGGUUCAAUUUGGGAUUGGAGUGCUUGAAGCUUUAGAGUUUGGUCCAAAGCUUAAGUUAGAGGAGUGAUCACAAUUCACAAUUUACAGAGUGUUAUUGGAUGUAAUGAAAGUUUGAAUAGAAGAUUUGAACUGUACAGAAAGAUUAAAUGCAGAUGUGUGUCUAUAAUCUACAAAUGUAAGUCCUGCUCAUGUUAAAUACAAAUGUUUGAGUAUAAUCUAUAAA